AUGCCGACUCUGUGGACGUUGGCCCUCGCCUUGGCUUCUGCCUUUCUGCUGGCUGCUCAAGCUCAACCCCAGCCGAGCUCUCCUCCGGUUAUAUCCUUCACAUCCUUCCCGUCGAAUAGCUGUGACACCGGCGGCCCGCUCAACUGCAUGCAAGACAGCAGUGUGCACGACGGCUGCAUCGCCAUGGUCCGCGAGGACGGGAACAAUGGCGACACGAUGUUACUGAUAAACAACAAGGGCCGUGUGCUGUUCGGGAGGCCCGUCAUAACGUGGCCGGCUAGCUUCGACACCAACUUCACCGUCCUCUUCCGCAGACGUGCCAAAUCGAUCGGGUACGGCGAGGGGAUGGCGUUCGUGAUGACCGCUGACAUGCGCCAGAGCCCUUCGGGAAGCUCCGGCGGUUUCCUGGGCCUGUUCAAUCACUCCACCUCAGGUUAGCCACUCACUCCUCCAUCUGCUCUCCAUGUGGGUGAAAGAUUGAGACUCCCUUUCCUAGGCCUGCCGCGAGGCUCGACACAUUCGUUUGCUUGAACGAUUCCGUUGACAAAACCAAGAUCAAAUACGUAUUUCUUCAAUGAUUCAGAAAUGAGCUGUGGGAUCUGAAAAUACUGGAAGUCAUCUGAUAUGUUGCGUAAAGAGUUUACGAAAUGAGCUGAAUUCGCGAAAAAAGGUCUCCCGCUCUUUUGGAUGUCAUCUGUAGUACGUCGUCGCAAACUGAAUUUUAAAUUAGUUUUCGGAAAGAUGAUGUUGGCCAUGCAUUUAAGAAAAGGCCGAAUACUUGAUAACUGCGGACACGCCAGCGUCCAGCAUUAAAACCUGCAGCACCCUAACGUCAUGAACACCAAGCUCACCGGAGGGAGUUCACGGUCAACUGAUUAUGAGUUCCCCCUCCCGCCCGAAGAUUCUCCAACUAAUUUUUCUGAGGAUUAUGUGGGUACGGUGAAUAGAGUGAAACCAUUCAUUUGUAUGAUUUAUCGUUCUCAAUGUUGUUCCUCUGGGAAUCAGACUUCGCCUUGUCAAUCGGGACUCCUCCUCGGGAUGAAUCCUUGCGAGGGUCCAUGGCAUAACACAGGCGAAAGCUCCUAAGGAAGCUUUCUGUUAAGCAUGUAGAUAGAUCUGUAGCUUUAUAUAUCUAUAAAUCUGCCAUUUUUAACGACACAAGGAAAUGGGGGAGGCGCGAAGUGCAUCAACCGUUGAUCUGAACGACUGAAGAUUCGGAUUGGUGCAUGCAUGGACCUGUGAAUCUCAGACUGGGGGACUUGCCUGCCGCAUUUCAGGCAGCACCACGGGGCAGCUGGCGGUGGAGAUCGACUUGUGGUCGAAUGAGGUCGACCCUGAGAACGGACACGUCGGCGUGGACACCACCGCUAUCUACUCCGACGCCACCGCCCCACUGUCUGCUGCCAACGUCAGCCUGUCGGAGGAGAAGCCGAUGACCUUCAGGGUCAACUACGACGGAUGGACGAAGAACCUCCAGGUCUCGGCGGGAUACGCCUAUGAGGGGCCCCUGAAGAACAUCCUCAACUACAGCAUCGUUAUCGCGAAGAUCGCCCCUGUGUACGUGGGUUUCGCCGCUGCCUCCGGGCCCGCCACACUCAACAGCGCAAGCCUUCGGGUUCUCAGCUGGAACUUCUCGUCCACCAUUUUGCCGCCGGAGUCCCUCGACAACGGCAGCAGCAAGAGGGAUAAGAAGAUAGGCAGCAUUCUCACCAUCGUCCUCUCGACAGUGAUCGGGGUUCCACUGGUGGGGAUGCUGUUGCUGCUUGGGAUGAGGGAGGCCAGGGAGUGGAAGAGGUGGAGAGCUCUGGAGGCCCUGUCGAAGAAGGCUAUCAGUGCACCCAAGAUGUAUACAUAUGCUACGCUCUCCAGAGCCACUAGGCGUUUCAGCAGCGCCAACUUAUUGGGCAAGGGAGGCUUCGGCAGCGUCUACAAGGGUCACCUCUCCAAUCCUCCUUCAAUGGUCGCUGUCAAAAAAAUCUCUUCCAACUCCAAGCAAGGUUAACCACCGUCUGCUGCGUCUCUUCCCAGCUCUCUCUCUCUCUCUCUCUCUCUCUCUCUCUCUCUCUCUCUUUCUCUCUCUCUUUCUCUCUCCCUUUCCCACUCCCUCUCCCUCUCCCUCCUUUCCUCCCGCCUUCCUCCCCCCUGUUCUCUCUCUUUCUCCCACUCCCUCCCCCUCCUUUCCUUCCUCCCUUCCCCCUACCCCUCCCCUCUCUCUUCACUCUCUCGCUGGCUGGCUGGCUCGCUUUCUGACUCUCUCGUAGUAAUUAUUCGGCAAGCUCGUGUCUGGACCUUUUUGUCAACCCAUUUGCUCCUUUAUCUGAGAUAUAUUACGUUCUCCUUAACCUUUUCGAUGACGCUACUGUCGUUGAUCCUCCUACUCAUGGUAUCGAUCAGGCGAAAGGGAGUACUUUGCGGAGAUAUGCACCAUCGGCCGUCUCCGUCACAAGAACAUCGUGCAGCUGCAGGGCUGGUGCCACCGCGCCAAGAGCCUCCUCCUCGUCUACGAGUUCAUGCCCAACGGAAGCCUCGACCGCCACAUCGCCGCUGGAACCCUCGACUGGCCCACUCGCCAUCGAAUCCUCCUCGGCCUCGCCUCCGCCCUCCUCUAUCUCCACGAGGAGUGCGGCGGCACCGUCGUCCACCGCGACGUCAAGCCCAACAACGUCCUCCUCGAUGCCGACUUUGAGGCCCACCUCGGUGACUUCGGCUUGGCCCGGCUUGCUCAGGGAACGGGCCGGACCACCUCCACCACCGUCCUCGCCGGCACCAUCGGGUAUCUCGCCCCUGAAUUCGGCUACACCGGUAAGGCCACCCCCGAGUCCGAUGUCUUCAGCUACGGCGUUGUUGUGCUGGAAGUGGUGUGCGGGAGAAUGUCCUUGCUGGGACUGGACGAUAACAACCUGUUGGAUCACGUCUGGGACCUCUACACCUCCGGUAGGCUGCUCCAGGUGGUGGAUUCGAGACUGGAGAGUCAGUUCGACGAGGAGGAGGUAAGGAGAACCCUUUUGGUGGGGCUCAUGUGCUCGCACCCGAACCCCGCGAGUCGGCCGAGGAGCAGGCAGGUGGUGCAGAUCCUCGGGAACUCGAACGAGCCGCUGAUGGAGAUUCCGGAAAACCGGCCAGACAUCAUCAUUCCCUCCUCCUCGAUGACCACGACCGGGUUCGAUGGGGUCAUGAUCGUUUCCACGAGCAUGAAGACGCCGAUGCCGGCCUCACCCUAG